AUGAGCUGGGGUUACAUAGUGCUAUUUACCAUCGUGGGCAACGUGCUGGUGGUGAUAGCUGUGCUCACCAGCCGGGCGCUGAGAGCCCCCCAGAACCUCUUCCUGGUGUCCCUGGCCAGCGCGGACAUCCUGGUGGCUACCCUGGUCAUGCCUUUCUCCUUAGCCAACGAACUUAUGAAUUACUGGUACUUCGGCAAAGCUUGGUGUAACAUUUACCUGGCGCUGGAUGUGCUCUUCUGCACCUCCUCCAUCGUCCACCUGUGCGCCAUCAGCCUCGACAGGUAUUGGUCAGUCACACAGGCGGUGGAGUACAACCUCAAACGGACCCCCCGGCGGAUCAAGGCCAUCAUCCUCACUGUCUGGCUCAUUUCAGCUGUCAUCUCCUUCCCGCCAUUGAUCUCCAUGUACCGGGACCCUGAAGAAGAUGGCUUUCCCCAGUGCAAGCUCAAUGAUGAGACAUGGUACAUCCUUUCUUCUUGUAUUGGCUCUUUCUUUGCCCCCUGCCUCAUCAUGGUGUUGGUCUAUAUCCGUAUCUACCGCGUGGCCAAGCUAAGGACCAGGACCCUCUCUGAGAAGCGUACAAUGCCAGAGGGGUCCUCCCAGACUGAGAAUGGCUUGAGCCGCGCUGCUGGCGGCUGCACAUCCCUGAGGAUGCAGCUGGGAGAGAAUGGACAUUAUUCAGUGCACCACUGGCGCAAAGCCUCUGAGCUGGAGGACAUUGAGCUGGAGGAGAGCAGCACCUCAGAGAGUAGACGGAGGCGGAGCCGGGAGGAGCAUCCCCGCAAAAGCAGCAAGAGCCAGUCCUUCUCCUACUCGUAUUCCUCCAAGCAUUCUAGUAGCCGUCUGUCCCGCUCUAGCAAUCGCUCCAUGCAGUUCUUCUCAUAUCGCCGUCGCCGGAAGCGUAGCAGCAUCUGCCGUAAGAAAGUCACCCAGGCCCGGGAGAAACGCUUCACUUUUGUGCUGGCCGUGGUCAUGGGGGUCUUUGUAGUUUGCUGGUUCCCUUUCUUCUUCAGCUACAGCCUCUAUGGUAUUUGCCGGGAGGCAUGUGAGGUCCCUGAGACGCUCUUCAAGUUCUUCUUCUGGAUUGGGUAUUGCAAUAGCUCCCUCAACCCAGUUAUCUACACCAUCUUCAACCAGGACUUCCGCAGGUCCUUUAAACACAUUCUCUUUAAGAAGAAGAAGAAGAACUUCCGGCAUUGA